GACCAUGAUUUUUUUCAGGGAAUCAGUGGCUGGGGUUUGGACAGAUGGGCCUGUAUCCGAAUCUGCCCUAAAUGCAAGGAGUAGGAGGGAGACACAAGGACGAGGAACGAGCGAAGAAUUACCGCAGCAAGCUCAGCAGACGCGCGGUAAUCAAAACCAGAAUCGGUUUCAAGGACAGGGACACGGUCAAGGACAGAGUAGAGGUAAAAGCGGAGGAAGAGGAAAUGGUCAAGGUGGAAGAGGAUUUGGAGGAAGAGGACAUGACGGACAAGGAAGGAGUUGGGGCAAUCAAGGAGACCCUCAGUCAGGGAAUGAUAAUCAAGCUUAAUCCUGUAAAAGGAGCGGCGAUGACACGAAAAGGAGGGGUGGCGGGGCCUUCCAGGCCGGCUUCUGGCAAGGAACGGCGAUUGGGAUCACGGCGGUUACUUCAAGAGCAAGGAUUGUCGAUAGGGAGAAGAGGAGACAAGCUGGAAAGGAAAGCUCGACAGGAGAUUGAUGAGGAUGAUGUACCCCUCAAACAGGUACUUGACAGAAAGAGGACAACAAUUCAGAAGGGAAAUGAUUCAGCAAGCAAGACAACAAGAGUACAAGAGAAGAGAAGAAACAGGGAGAAGAAGCAAAGCGAGGAAGAAGAAGAGGGAGAGAGGGAACAGGAUAUGAUGAGAGGAGAAGAAGGGAAGAAGGAAGUGGAGGAGGUAGCAAAAGAGAAAGAGGGCACAGAGGAGAAGAAGGAGAAGGAAGAAGAGGGAGAGAAGGGACCGGAUAUGGUGAGUGGAGAAGAGGGGAAGAAGGAAGUGGAGGAGAUAGCAAAAGAGAAAGAGGACACAAAGGAGAAGGAAAAGGAGGAAGAAGAGGGGAAUCAAGCUGAGAGAGAGACUGGAGUGGCAGCAGCUGAAAAUCCUCUCAGGGGACCAGGAUCAAAAAGAAUGACCAAGGAGGAGAGAGAAAAGAGAGAGGAGGAAAAUAAGGAAUGGAGGAAUAGGAUGGUCGCGUCCAUGAAAGAAGGUGAGUUACCUGCAGAUGCCCCUUGGAGUGAGAAGAUCGAGAGGAUCUUAUUGAUUGAAUCAAUCAGGGGCUCUAACCUGGUGUCAGACAUGGACAAGCUGAUCAAGCUGCAUGAGCUGCUUCGAGAUGAGUGCCUCCUUGAAGGAGGAGCCAAGGUAGCUAAGAAAUUGGAGGGAGCAUGAAAGAACCAGAGAGGAAAUGACGAGGAUGGGAAGGUAAAGUCUUCGAUGAAAGAACUCAAAAUAAGGGUAAAAGAGAAGGAGGAAUUGCUCAUUCAAGGAGUAGCAAGCCACAUCCCUGAAAUCCUGAAAGAGAUCCAGAGAUUGAGGAAGAGAGAAGAAAACAGGGAUGCGCAAAUGGAGAAAAUGAAAAAAGAGGUGGAGAGCAUGAAGACUGAAAUGAGCAAAGUGAGUGAGGAACGAAAGGAAUUAAAACAGUAAGUUCAAUCAUUGAGCGUUGCCUUAAGUAACACGGACAAGG